AUGGAUCGAAAUGGGCAUCCUAUUACUGAAGAAAUAGACCUGGACUUUUGCUUGCUUCCACUAAAGCCCAACUUUGGGUGUGGAUAUUCAGGGGUUUACUCUGGUUACGAUCUGCUUAAAAAGAAAUAUAACGGCACAUGUAAUUCAACCUGUAAAGAAAGGGGAGAUGUAAAAGAAGGGUCUUGUGAUGGCUUUGGGUGUUGCCAGUUUGCCAUAGCCAAGGCAUUAAAAGAGAUUGAGACUAGUAUUUCAUGGGAUGUUGAUCCUAAUUGCAACUUCUUAUCGUAUAACCCUUGCAGUUCAACAUUUGUGGCUGAUUAUGAGCAGUUCAAAUUCAAUUCAUGGGAUCUUUUGGCCACACCUAAUGGCAGCGACAUCCCUAUCGUUCUUGAUUGGGCCGUAGGGAAUAAGAGUUGCGAAGAAGCAAAAAAAGAUGUAGCAACUUUUGCAUGCCAGGUAAACACUAAGUGUACCAAUUUAAACAAUAACGCCGGGUAUCGCUGCACUUGCUCUGAAGGUUACACGGGGAACCCUUAUCUCAAAGGGGGAGGAGGCUGCACCAAAAUGGACGCUGUAAAGUUUCCAACAACACCAGUUGCUCUGGGUAUCAGUUUCGGGCUCCUGGUUUUAUUUGCAAGCUGUUGGUUAUACUACUUGUUCUGGAAGAGAAAGAAACUAGUUAGGCAGCGAGAAGAAUUCUAUCAGCAAAAUGGCAGCUUGCUAUUAAAACAACAAUUAGUGUUAAACGAAGGUGGUGUAGAAACAUCAAAGAUCUUUACAGAGAAAGAGCUAAGAUUAGUCACUAACAAUUACGAUGAGAGUCUGGCCGUUGGUCGAUGUGGCUAUGGAACAGUUUACAAGGGAACCUUGCCUGACGGCCGUAUAGUUGCCAUUAAGAAGUCGAAUAUAGCUGAUCCGAAUCAAAAUAAGCAAUUUAUAAAUGAGGUUGCUAUUUUGACGAAGGUUCACCAUCGAAACGUGGUGAAGCUCUUAGGGUGCUGUUUGGAGACUGAAGUUCCCUUGCUUUGCUAUGAAUACAUAUCUAAUGGCACCCUCUUCCAACACAUCCACUCAAGUUCCAUUUCUUGGGGAAACCGUUUGAGGAUUGCACUGGAAAUUGCGAAUGCACUUGCUUAUUUACACUCAGCGGCGUCUAUACCCAUCAUUCACAGAGAUGUCAAGUCUGCCAACAUCCUUUUAGAUGAAACAUAUACUGCAAAAAUUGCAGACUUUGGAGCAUCAAGGUUAAUUCCUUUGGACCAAAAAGAAUUAGCCACAGUAGUACUGGGGACAAAAGGAUAUUUGGAUCUAGAGUACUUUAAUACGAGCCAACUGACUGACAAGAGUGAUGUAUAUAGCUUUGGUGUGGUUCUAGUAGAACUCCUGACAACAAAAAAGCCCAUUUUUUAA